UUGAUUCAAUUCAUUUGGCUAGACGUUUCGGAGACGUUUCCGUUUUGUUCGUCAAGAAACAUGGCGGUUCAAGUGUCUAUUGAAGAUGGUAUCCUCGAAGGAGAGCUGGUGGCGAAUGAGUAUGGCGGGAGGUUCUGCAGUUUUAGAGGAAUACCGUAUGCGGAACCUCCUAUUGGUGACUUAAGGUUCAAGCCACCCAAACCGGCGAAACCAUGGAAAGGGGUGCGACAAGCCAAAGCAUUUGGGCCCGUUAGCCAUCAGUUUGAUAUCUUAGAAGCAAAGUCUAUAAUAGGAAGCGAGGACAGUUUGUACAUCAACGUCUACACCCCAAGUGUAAAGCCCAGCUCCCCUCUCCCAGUGAUGGUCUGGAUCCAUGGUGGGGGGUACAUGUGGGGCAGCGGCAAUGACAACAUGUACGGCCCAGAAUUCCUCAUAAGGCAUGACGUAAUUUUAGUAACUUUCAACUACAGAUUAGGCGUUCUUGGAUUCCUCUGUUUGGAUACCGAAGACAUCCCUGGAAACGCCGCAAUGAAAGACCAGGUUCUUGCCCUCAAAUGGGUACAGAAAAACAUCAGUCGUUUUGGAGGAGAUCCAACUAACGUCACUAUUUUCGGAGAAAGUUGCGGGGCGACUAGUGUUGGGUUCCAACUCCUAUCACCUAUGUCCAAAGGACUUUUUAAAAGAGCUAUCAUCCAGAGCGGGUCUCCUGUUAAUUACUGGGCCUCAGCUUUUGCGCCCCGUGAAACUGGCCUGGCUAUAGCUCGCAAAUUGGGAUGCCUCUCUGAAGAUGAUAAGGAGAUAUACGAGUUCUUCAAAAACCAGCCACCGGAAGCGUUUGUUAACGUAAGCGAAUCUGCAACGCUAUCCAAGAAGCCGUGCCAAACAUUUCUGGGUGUUGUAGAUGAGAAAAAAUUUGGUGAAAAUGAAAGAUUUUUCAACGGAGACAUCUUUGACGCUUUGCAAAACAAUAUAAAUAAAGACGUUGAGGUUAUUGUGGGAUACACUGAACAUGAAGGAGUAUUGGCGUUUAUUUUCAACUUGUGUGGUGAUGUUAAUAAUUUCUUCAAAUUUAUAAAUGACUAUGUGGAAAGUUACGUUCCUAAACGCAUGAUGAUUGAAUGUCCAUUGAAAGACCAGUUAGUUUUGGCGAGAAAAGUGAAACAGUUUUACAUGAAAAACAAAUUUGCUUCAAUGGACACCAUUGAAGAGCUGCUGCGAUUUUUGAACAUCGACUUUUUUAUAUUUGAAAUAAUAUGUUGGGCCAAGUUUUGUGCGAAGAGAACUAACACUUAUUUGUACAAGUUUACUUGCAAAUCUGAACGCAACCAGUUAAUGAAUGUAUUACGGGCGGUAGAAAUCUUCAAAGAUAACAAAUCUUUAGUUUGUCACACGGACGACUUGCCUUACUUGUUCCCGGUUAAAAUAACCAAUCAGAAAAUAAAUAUAAGCCCUGAAAGUUUCAAAUUAAUUGACAACGUCACAAAGUUGUGGACAAACUUCGCAAAAUAUGGGCACCCCACACCAGAUGACUCUCUCGGCGUGAAAUGGACUCCAUUCACUACCGAAGGUCAGGAAUACCUGGAUAUUGGGAACACUCUGGCUACCAAAUCCCACCCGGAGCAGGAAGAUGUGGAGUUCUGGGAAGACUUGUAUCGGGAAUAUUUACCGCGUUGCAUUGUCUAAGGAUUCAGCAAUCGUAAUCUAUACUAAUAUUAUAAAUGCGAAAGUAACUCUCUC